AUGAAUGUGAACAAAUAUGUGAGAGCAUCCCCAAAUCCUCUCCUGUCCAGAUAACAGAGAACGAGGUGGCCUCAUGCUUGUCACAUAUUAAGCCACACAAAGCACUGGGCCCAGACGGACUAGGGGGCAAAGUACUGAAGGUCUGCGCCGACCAGCUCAAGGGAGUCUUCACACGACUGUUUCAACUCCUGCUGAGCACCUGUACAGUGCCAAACUCCAGGAAGGGGUCGACCAUUGUACCAGUGCCUAAGAAGUCAGGGGCCAAAUCACCAAAUGACUUUCGACCUGUGGCCCUCACGCCCCUUCUGGCCAAAUGCAUGUAAAGGGUUGUUAGUAAGCACCUUACCCUGUACAUACAGUGGAGAAAAAAAGUAUUUAGUCAGCCACCAAUUGUGCAAGUUCUCCCACUUAAAAAGUUGAGAGAGGCCUGUAAUUUUCAUCAUAGGUACACGUCAACUAUGACAGACAAAUUGAGAAUUUUCUUUCCAGAAAAUCACAUUGUAUGAUUUUUAAUGAAUUUAUUUGCAAAUUAUGGUGGAAAAUAAGUAUUUGGUCAAUAACAAAAGUUUCUCAAUACUUUGUUAUAUACCCUUUGUUGGCAAUGACACAGGUCAAACGUUUUCUGUAAGUCUUCACAAGGUUUUCACACACUGUUGCUGGUAUUUUGGCCCAUUCCUCCAUGCAGAUCUCCUCUAGAGCAGUGAUGUUUUGGGGCUGUCGCUGGGCAACACAGACUUUCAACUCCCUCCAAAGAUUUUCUAUGGGGUUGAGAUCUGGAGACUGGCUAGGCCACUCAAGGACCUUGAAAUGCUUCUUACGAAGCCACUCCUUCGUUGCCCGGGCGGUGUGUUUGGGAUCAUUGUCAUGCUGAAAGACCCAGCCACGUUUCAUCUUCAAUGCCCUUGCUGAUGGAAGGAGGGUUUCACUCAAAAUCUCACGAUACAUGGCCCCAUUCAUUCUUUCCUUUACACGGAUCAGUCGUCCUGGUCCCUUCGCAGAAAAACAGCCCCAAAGCAUGAUGUUUCCAACCCCAUGCUUCACAGUAGGUAUGGUGUUCUUUGGAUGCAACUCAGCAUUCUUUGUCCUCCAAACAUGACGAGUUGAGUUUUUACCAAAAAGUUAUAUUUUGGUUUCAUCUGACCAUAUGACAUUCUCCCAAUCCUCUUCUGGAUCAUCCAAAUGCACUUCAGACGGGCCUGGACAUGUACUGGCUUAAGCAGGGGGACACGUCUCGCACUGCAGGAUUUGAGUCCCUGGCGGCGUAGUGUGUUACUGAUGGUAGGCUUUGUUACUUUGGUCCCAGCUCUCUGCAGGUCAUUCACUAGGUCCCCCCGUGUGGUUCUGGGAUUUUUGCUCACCGUUCUUGUGAUCAUUUUGACCCCACGGGGUGAGAUCUUGCGUGGAGCCCCAGAUCGAGGGAGAUUAUCAGUGGUCUUGUAUGUCUUCCAUUUCCUAAUAAUUGCUCCCACAGUUGAUUUCUUCAAACCAAGCUGCUUACCUAUUGCAGAUUCAGUCUUCCCAACCUGGUGCAGGUCUACAAUUUUGUUUUUGGUGUCCUUUGACAGCUCUUUGGUCUUGGCCAUUGUGGAGUUUGGAGUGUGACUGUUUGAGGUUGUGGACAGGUGUCUUUUAUACUGAUAACAAGUUCAAACAGGUGCCAUUAAUACAGGUAACGAGUGGAGGACAGAGGAGCCUCUUAAAGAAGAAGUUACAGGUCUGUGAGAGCCAGAAAUCUUGCUUGUUUGUAGGUGACCAAAUACUUAUUUUCCACCAUAAUUUGCAAAUAAAUUCAUUAAAAAUCCUACAAUGUGAUUUUCUGGAUUUUUUUUCUCAAUUUGUCUGUCAUAGUUGACGUGUACCUAUGAUGAAAAUUACAGGCCUCUCUCAACUUUUUAAGUGGGAGAACUUGCACAAUUGGUGGCUGACUAAAUACUUUUUUCCCCCACUGUAGCAGAUCAACUGGACCAAUUACAGUUUGCCUAUAAGGCACAGAGGGGGACUGAGGAUGCUACCCUGACCUUGGUGAACAUGGUGACUAGUCACCUUCAACAUGCAAAAUCAUAUGCACACAUUUCAUUUAUUUAUUUUAGUUCAGCUUUCAAUACAAUGCAAAUACACACACUGCUGAAACGACUACUGGACCUGAAUGUCAACGGAGGCCUCGCAGGUUGGAUCAAGGACCUUUUUAUCUGAAUGCCAACAGAGGGUCCUCAAGAAUGGGGACCUCUGAUGAACUGACCCUGAACACAGGGGUGCCCCAGGGAUGUGUCCUUUCACUGUUGUUGUUCUCUAUCUACACUAAUGAGAUGAAGAUCCAAGGAAACAAUGUGAGCCUUUUCAAGUACGUGGAUGACAUGGCUCUGGUGGGACUUUUUCUUAAAGAGACUACGUCAGAUGGGGACAACUAUAUUAAACAGACCAACAACCUUCAAGAAUGGUGCCGUUCAAGUGUCCUCCACAUCACUGUGGAAAAGACAUAGGAGCUGAUCAUCAAUGGCAACAACUUGCCAAUGUCCCAACCACUCUCUCUGAACAACCAACCAGUGAAGGUGGUUGAGUGUUUCAAAUACCUAGGGACACAAAUUGAUAAAAAACUGAGUUUUACAGAGAAUGCAGACUAUUUUCUUUUAAAGCAAGCCAGCGCCUGUUUUUAAUCAGGGAAUUGAAGGGGUUUGGGGUCAGCCAGGAUGUUCUGGAGAGGGUUUACAGCAGCUUGGUGGAGAGCAUCCUCACGUUCAAUAUGACAGUCUGGUAUGGUAAUCUGAGCGUGAGGAGCAAAAGCAAACUGAUCAGAAUAGCAAAGUAAUUGGUCGACCACAGGCACAUUUGAGCAGUCUGUUCCACAAGGCAACCAAAAAGAAGGCACUGGCUGUCAUUGGCAACCCCUCCCACCCGCUACACCCUCAGUUCGAGAGGCUUACCCCUGGCCGGUGAUUCAGAAUGCCCACGGUGUUCAAACAUUAAUUUGUUCCUUGUGCUGUUGGACUACUAAAUGCAAAGUAAAUUAUAUCAGUAUAUGUACUUAUCUAUCCAGUGCAGUUGGGACAGCGGUCAGUUGUGAGUGAAUGUAUCAAUGUCCUCUAUGUUUUUAGUGUAUGCAACAUGACUGGUUUAAAUGUGUAUGAUGUGAAAAUGUAUGUGUAUGUGAUCCUUUUAAUGAAAGAAACAUUUCCAUCCUGGAUGGACAAUCAAGUUUUAUUCUAUUCUAUUCUAUAGUGCACUACAUAUGACCAGAGCCCUGGUCAAAAGUAGUGCACUUUUAUAGGGAAUAGGGUGCCAUUUGGGAUGGGUCCAUUGUUUGUUCCAGUCUAGACAGAAUCCAAAAUUGUGGUAAUGAGUAGUGACCAGUUUGAUACUUUUGGCUUACUCAAGGUACUUUCCUUCUCAGUCCCCACAUUUUUCUAGUCCUCUCCUUAUUCAAACGGACAUUUACUAGAAAUGUUUUCAGCAAUGGCUUACAAGAAAUUGCCUUGUCAAUUCUACAAAGGAAAAUAUCUCCAGAAAUAUUUUGUUCUGGACUUAAUCUUUUAGAAAAAUGGUUGUUUUCGUAGUCAUGCAUCACUAGACAUAUGUAAGGCUGAGCAGAGAUCUGGAUAUGCUAUGCAUCACUCUUCUCAAUGUAAUACUACCUCAGAGAGUCUGUAAGAUAUAGAGCAUGAUAGUCUGUUUUAAUGGCUUAGCCUAAUGACUUACUAACUUUAAAGAGCGAUUGCCCCUAAAAAGCAACUCCUCGUUUUGAAAAUGGCCUAUAUGACAUCGAUAUGAGGCAGAAACAUUUAUUCUAGUGUCAAAAUCGACUACAAAGUGUAAAUAGGAUAAUUUUGGUCAUAAAGUCAGUCUCAUCCAAAGCAGAUUUGCGAGAUGAUAGGGGGAACAAUUAUGUUACGGAAUGAAGGGUACCAUAACGGUUUUCCUUGGGUUGGGUUUAUUUUAAUCCUGCCCACAGCUGGCAGCAUACAAGUAAUCUUAAAUUCGGAGCGCAGCUGCACGCUACCUGAUCGUAAUGCCCAUGGUCAAAUUGGUUUGACAUACGAUAUCCCUAUGGGGCUAGUUAGGGACCAAUGCACAAAGGUCAAUAGCUAAAAAUGUAAAUUACUUAAAAACCUCAAACCAACUAUAAAUUGUAGAAAUUCAUAUACAAAUAUUGAAUGCAUUUAAUCUAAACUAAAAGAUAUGCAACAUGAAAAUAUUGUCCCAUUUACAUUGUGUAAUUUAUUAACGGUCCGUAACUAUCCCCAGAGAUAGGCUAUCCAAAGUCAAACCAACUUUGUCACAGUUGCACACCAGCAGGCUGAAGCUAAUUGGCAAAAUAAUUUGGCUAACUCUUCUCACCUGCGAACAUACACGAGACACCCACAUCAAACCACACCCCGAAACCAACUCACGUUUUAAUUCAGUCAUGGCUGCUAGCAUUUCUUAAUGAACCAAAUCUAAAACGAGGCAAUAUCAGGAAGUGUAAUCGACCUUUUAAUAUUUUUGUUCCACCUCCCUGUCUGUUAGUGCAGAUAGAAAAUCAAUGGUAUAAUCCAUCUAAAUUUCGAGUGCUGUUCUCCCAUUAGUUAGGUUGAGAUAAAAUAUACAGUGAAUAAUGAAUGUUGCUACUAUUCAUUCCUGAGUGUCAGGGUGCGUCCCAAAUGGCCCCCUAUUCCCUAUAUAGCAGGGCUGUUCGAUGUUGGUCAUGGAGGAACAAAACACUUCUAGUUUUCAUCUUCAACUUCUAAUCAGGGACUGAUUCAAACAAGGGACACCAGGUGGGACACCAGGUGAGUGCAAUUAACUACCAGGUACAAACAAAAACCAGAAAUGUUUUGGCCCUCCAGGACCAGAUUUGAACAGCCCUGCUAUAUACUGUAGUGUAUUACUUUUGACCAGGGUUCAUAGGGCUCUGGUCAAUAGUAGUGCACUAUGUAGGGAAAAAUAUGCAUUUUGGGAGGUACCAUCAGACAGAUUGAAUGCUGUCUCUGUCUCUCUGUGUGUCUCUCUGUCUGUCUCUCUGUGUGCUCAGUCAGGCAGUAGUCAGUAUAGUGUUCAUAUUGUGUUAUCUUCUCCCAUUGAUGGAAGCUAGCUCUGGUCUUUUCAUCAGACUGACUGGAGGAGGCCUAGCCUAGACAGCACCAUGGCUUUAUUAGAGUAAAGACUGUCAUUCCCGUCCUCAGAUCUAGUACUGUGUGUGUCUACUAGGACUGGGAUGGUCUGGUCUGAGAGACAGGAUGUUACUGCCUGAUUGUUAAAGGCAGAAUAUGAGUUUCACAACAUGGCAAUAGCACUACCCUACCCCAGGAUGUGUAUAAAAAGGAGGCAGAACAAAUGAAUAAGAACAUUAUGUGCUAAGAGGCAUUAUGGAUAUUCUCAAUACUAGCGACUGAUAAUUAAUCAGAUGUUUAUCAGUAGUGUGGCUUUACAAGCAGUGUUUGAAAUGAACCAUGGUUUGUCGGUACUGUAAUAAGCAGGUGGUGUCUAACAACAUUAUUGUACAGUAGGUAGGUGAAAUAAUGGGCAAUACAGUGUAUGUGUAAUGAUGGUCUGUGUUGCUGCUUUGUGACUGUGAUGCACAGCAUCCUGAUCCUGCUAUCUCUCUUUCUCUCUCUCGCUCGCUCUGUCUCUGUCUCUCGCUCUCUGUGUCUGUCCCUCUCUCGCUCUCUCUCUCUCACUCCCCCCCCCUCCCCGGUCUGUCUCUCUCUCCUCACCUCUUCCCUCUCUCCCCUGCAGUAUAAGACGUGUAAGGACGGCAGUGUGCUGGGAGUGACGGUGAUGAGGAUAGCUUUGCUGACUCACUGUCAGGCCCUCACCCAAUCCUGUGGAUACACAGAAGGUGGGACUCUGCAGCCCUCUCCUAUAAGCCAUUUUACAGAAGUCAUAGCACUAAGACUCUGCUAUAGGAGACAUAGAACAUGCAUUAGAGAGAUCAUUUUUCAUUACAAUUGGAUUCUCUUUCUCCUUUUAUAUCUCUCCAUCUUUCACUUGUCUGGGUGUUGUGCUUAUCACAGUCAUUGUGACUAAACCCAAUCUCUCACAGUAAUGAUCAUGCAUUGUGUACCUAGAAUCUAACAUGCCAUGUAUCAUGGUUAUUGUUUGAGAUGCCUGUGUUGUUGGAUUAAACUCUUCUGUUCUCUGUUAUGUCUCCUCUCUCUCUCUCUCUCUCUGUCUCUGUCUCUGUCUCUCUGUCUCUGUGUGUGUGUGUCUCUCCCCUGCAGCUGAGACCAUUGUGAAUGUAUUAGACUUUAAGAAGGACGUGGGGCUGUGGCAUGGCAUUCUCACGGUGAGGACCUUCCAGCUGGGCUUUGAUACACACACACGUCUGCACAGGGCUCCGAGGGCUCGUUAAAGAUCAUUAUAUUCUUACUAUGUUUUCAUUGAGCACCAUCUUGAAAUGGGAAUUAUAUUAUCAGAGUGGCUUUUUACCACUGUUGCUAAAUUUGUUCUCCCAAAUCCAAUUAUAACGAACAGUGAAUAUAUUCUAAUGUGUAGCCAGAGGGACUUUAGUUAGAGCAAUACAGUCUGCUUCCCAAAUGGCAUCCUAUUACCUAUAUAUUGCAUGACUUUUUACAAGGGCCCAUAGGGCUGUAAUGUACUAUAAAGGGGAAAGGGUGCCAUUUGGGAUGCAUAGUGCAUACACUAAUUCAUCAGUGUUUUAACCAACGAGAUCUCAUAUCAGCUUUUCUAAUUAGCCUAGGAAAAUCCUGAAAAUUACCAGUCUUGAUUGAGUCUUGACUUACAUGUAAUGACGGCUCUGAUUAAUGUGUCCCUCCUGUUGCAGAGUGUGAUGAACAUGAUGCAUGUUAUCAGUAUACCCUACUCACUGAUGAAGGUCAACCCACUGUCCUGGAUCCAGAAAGUGUGCCAAUACAAAGGUCUGGAUUCACCACCUCGCCAUUCAGUUGAAACUGUUACUUCACUGUUAGCAUUUUGACCAAUAUCACUUUUGACGUUACUCCAAUGUUAUCUUCUGAAUGUUAUUGGGCUGUUAUAAUAACCUAUAAUACUGAACUUGCAUUUUGACCACACUGAUUGACUUUUUAUUUUAUUUUUUAUGUGAACUGUCCUUAAUCCUUCCCAUGGUGUGAUCCAUCCCACAGCAAAGGUGGCGUGUGUAAAGUCCAGGGACAUGCACUGGGCCUUGGUGGCCCACAAGGACCAGAGGGACAUUAACCUGAGCUCACUACGCAUGCUGGUGGUGGCCGAUGGAUCCAACCCCUGUAAGACCACACUACUGUAUCUCUGUCCAGAUUCUAUGUAUAUCUUGUACUAUUAUAUAUAUAUAUAUAUAUUAUUGUAUUAUAUGUAUAUAUAUCUAUCUAUAAUAUACAUAUGUCUAUAAUUAGUAUAUAUGUAUAUAUAUGUCUUAUAUAUAUAUAUGUAUAUUCUACUGUAUAUAAUGUAUAUAUAUCUAUAUAAUAUGUAUAUCCUCUAUAUAUCUCUAUAUAAUAUAUAUAUGUAUCUCUUUGUAUCUAUACUAUUCUUAUAUAUAUAUGUAUCUCUAUGAUAUAUAUAAUCAUAGAUCUAUGUAUAUAUAUAUCUAUAUAAAUUCUGUAUUUGUAUAUCUUAUCUAUUUGUCAUUCUAUAUCUCUUCUCUCAUAUAUAUAAUCUAGUCUCUCUCUUCUCUCUGUCUCUCUCUGUCUACUCUCUAUCUCUCUCUAUUAUGACUCAUUCUCUCAUAUCUCUCAUCUUCUCGAUCUCUCUCUCUGCUCUAUUCUUGUCUGCUUCUCGUCUCUCUCUCUGUCUCUCUCUCUGUCUCUCUAUGUCUCUCUCUGUUUCUCUCUCCUCUCUCUCUUCUUUCUUCUCUCUUCUGGCUCUAUCUCUCUCUCUGUCUCUCUCUCGCUCUAUCAAUUCAAUCAAUUUCAAUUAAAAUUUAAGGCUUAUUGGACAUGGGAAACAAUUAACAGUUCCAAAGCAAUGAAGUAGAUAGUAAACAAAAGUGAAUAAACAAUAAAUAUAACAGUAAACAUUACAUCAGAGUUCCAAAAGAUAAGAAUUUCAAAUGCUUUACGUAUAUAACAGGUGUACAAUGACAAAUAGUUAAAGUACAAAUGGGAAAAUAAAUAAACAUAAAUAUGGGUUGUAUUUACAAUGGUGUUUGUUCUUCACUGGUUGCCCUUUUCUUGUGGCAACAGGUAACAAAUAUUGCUGCUGUGAUGGCACACUGUGGUUUUUCACCCAGUAGAUAAGGGAGUUUAUAAAAAUUGGGUUUGUUUUCAAAUUCUUUGUGGAUCUCUGUAAUCUGAGGGAAAUAUGUGUCUCUAAUAUGGUCAUACAUUUGGCAGGAGGUUAGGAAGUGCAGCUCAGUUUCCACCUCAUUUUGUCUCUCUCUCUCUCUCUCUCUCUCUCUCUCUCUCUCUCUCUCUCUCUCUCUCUCUCUCUCUCUGUCUUUCUCUCUCUGUCUGUCUUUCUGCCUCUCUCUAUCUCUGUCUUUCUCUGUCUCUCUCUGUCUGUCUGCCUCUCUCUCUCUCUCUGUCUGCCUCUCUCUCUCUCUCUCUCUCUCUGUCUGCCUCUCUCUCUCUCUCUCUCUCUCUCUCUCUCUCUCUCUGUCUGCCUCUCUCUCUCUCUCUGUCUGCCUCUCGCUCUCUAAAAAUGAAUUAUAGAAAUUGAUCAGAUGUGGUAAAAUAUUGUGUAAAACUAUAGAACUGUAACUCUGUUCUGUGGCAGUCCAUGUUCAUGAUGCAGGUCUCAUAGAAUGUCCCUUUGUCAUCUAGGCUAGGUAGUCUUCAAUAAUGUAUACACUAACUGUAAGUCACUCUGGAUAAGAGCGUCUGCUAAAUGACGUAAAUGUAAAUGUAAAUGUCUUAUACUUUAGUCUUGAUUCCGACUAGAGGGACUUGUAAUGAAGUAUAGUGUGACUGAUAUAUAAUUGACCAAGCAGCUGCCAUGGAACAAUUACAGUAAUCUACCACUGGUGCUGUAAAAACACACACGUACCACUGCUACAUUCAUAUAGCUAAAGGUACCUAUGGGGAGGGUAAGGGUUGAGGAAUGCUGUUCUUUUCCAAUGCUAGCCUUUUAAAUGUGAAUCUAAAGAAUAUAAUUGAAAGGAACAAAUGAGUAAGAAUGGUUUAGAGGCAGUGAGAUCCGGUAACGGAAGGCAGUGAAAUUCGAUAACGUCAUUUGAUAAUGAACAGUAUGUGUGCUCAACAGCUGAGCUCAGCCUGACAGGGUUAUGGUGGCACUGUCAAGCAGUGCAAGCAUGGAGCAAAUCAACUGUGCCACAGCAAUUAACCUGCAAUUAACCUGCUGUAACAGUUAUCCACAUAAUCAAACAAUGCUGACAUGUUAGAUUGGUAUAAUGUAUUGGAUUGGAGUUUUCCUCUCCUCACACAGGAGUAAAAUCUAUUGCUUCCAACCCACUCUAAAACCGCACAACUUAAAUUUGAAUGAGCUAGUCUGUCAACAAGUCAGCCUGUAGUAGCAGGAUUAGGAUAUCUGUUUGUUCUUCAACAUUGACUCUUAACAUAAGGUAUCUUUCUCUCUCCCACCCCUCUCUCUUUGUCUCUCCCCCCCCCCCCCCUCUCUUUGUAUCUCUCUCACCCGCUCUCUCUCUCUUUCUCUGUCCCUCUUCCGCUCUCUCAGGGUCCAUCUCGUCGUGUGAUGCGUUCCUCAAUGUUUUCCAGAGUAAGGGGCUGAAGCCCGAGGUUAUCUGUCCUUGUGCCAGCUCUCCAGAGGCCCUCACUGUAGCCAUCAGGAGGUACACAUACAUACAUACAUACACACACACACACACACACACACACACACACACACGCUCGUUGGCAUUAACUUAUAUAUUCUUAUGCUCUUAAAACAAAACUCUUAUGUUUACUGUCCUGUGGUUUUUCAAGGUUAGUGUUUUCUUAUCCAUCUGUUACAUAGUGUAGCUCAACUUCAAAUAGCCACUGCUUACACAAAUGAGGGCAAGUUUAAUUAACUUCUUCCUGUAAUUUGAGAUUUCACUCCCUGCUCUUGAUUAUGACACUGUAAAAAGCUCACUGUGUGCACCACAUGCAUCUUGCCAUUACGGGUACUGUGGCAAUUACAUGAUUUUAUUUCCAGCAAACACAGCUUCAAACUCACAAAUCUAAUAAAUGGCAUGCCAAUAAAACAUAUGGCAGUUUCUCCUCUGUUGCUCACACACACACACUGACACACACACACAGACACACACAGUAACUAAUGAAAUCACCCCCAUUAUGGCUUUGUGCUGGUUUUUUAUGGCCCUCCAUUGUCCCAUUGGCGUCGAGCUCCUGCAUCUGCUUAGGGAACAGCCCCAGCUCUAGCCCUCUAAUUGGCUGUUGUUUGAAUGGGAUGCAGGUUUUGAUUGGUGGAUGUGUAUUUUUGGGCUUGUUGAUAGCGGCACUACACUGUGGUUGACCCUGGUUCUGACACCAACCUCUGUGUAUAGGGUCCUUCUAGAUUAAUUCAAUCACUUUUUGACCACACCCCUUUUCUGACCACUUCUAGCAUGGGUAAACAUUUAUGGAAGGUUUCGUUUAAAUAAAAAAGGGUGCGGUCAAAAAGUGAUUGAAUUCAUAUAGAACGACCAUGUAGGUAUGUACUGAAUACGAAUGUGUAUGUCUACCAGGGUCAAUGGGAUAUGCAAAACACACAUUUCUGUUGCUCAUUAAGUAAAUGGACAAUAAAGUAAUCUUCUUCUUAAUAGGCCGACAGACGACAGUAACCAGCCCCCGGGGAGAGGAGUGCUGUCCAUGCAAGGUCUGAGUCACGGGGUCAUCAGGGUGGACUCUGAGGAGAAGCUGUCUGUUCUCACCCUGCAGGACGUGGGCACCGCCAUGCCAGGAGGUUAGCAAGGGCAGAAACACACUAAGGUUGCAAAUUCCCAAAAUUCCUAGGUUUCCAGAAAUCCUGGUUGAAAGAUUCUCGGUAUCAGAAUGGAAUAAGAAAGAAAUCCGGUAACCUGCAACCGGUAUUUCUGGGAAUUUCUGGAAAGUUAUUGGAGAUUAUGCAACCCUUCUGCCUUAUACCCCUAACACAGCUUUAUGCCCCUGCCUUAUGCCCCUAACACAGCUUUAUGUCUGCCUUAUGCCCCUAACACAGCUUUAUGCCCCUGCCUUAUGCCCCUAACACAGCUUUAUGUCUGCCUUAUGCCCCUAACACAGCUUUAUGUCUGCCUUAUGCCCGUAACACAGCUUUAUGCCCCUGCCUUAUGCCCCUAACAAGGACGGACAACAGAAUGUGCGUAGAUGCAUUGAAUUUACCAGACACAAACACACACAAUAACCUAAUGUAUGCCUGAGGUACAGCAGAAGUUCUCCUUUAUCCUGAUAAUGAGUUUCCAUCUAAUGGAAUCUUGUUUUCCAUACAAAAAUCCUGGCAUUACUCACAGACGCCUCAUAACUGACUGGCAAGACCACGUAUAAAGAAGAUAUAUUGACCCAUACAUAAUAAAAAAUAUAAUAAAGCUUCAUCUGAGCUUUCCACAGCGAAGAGCAGCCUACUUUUCUAGGAGUGUUUUAUUGUGAUCUGACUUAGUGGGAGGGAUGGAGACAGAGGGUGAUUCCCAAAUGGCACCCUAUUCCCUACAUAGUGCACUACUUUUGACCAGAGCACUAUGGGCUGUAUAUAAGGGUGUUAUUUGGGGGCGCAGCCAGACAACGGUAGAAGCGGGGUCUGUGUAGUGGUUUCUAGAGACCAGAGGGCCCCAACUUCCCCUGCAUGUGGUGCCCAGAUGAGUGUCUGACUGCUCUGAUAGUAGUCUAUAUAGGACCUCUACACCCACACAGAGACCCUGCAGGCAUGACCCAGGGGCCUGGGCCCUCCCUACCACCUCCCUACCCCUGUCUUAACCUGUCUCCUUCCAGCACCAGAUAAGGAUGAACGUAACCUCCUCAUCUACCCUCUGUUAAGGGCUUCCUGGAAGUGUGUUGAUGUGGUCUUGAAGCACCCAACACCUUUCUAUUGUCCUCUCCACCUCUGAACACACCAGGGCUGUGUCACAAAUGCCACCCUAUUCCUAUAUAGUGCACUAUAAGGCUCUGGUCACAAGUAGUGCACUAAAUCAGGAAUAGGGUGCCAUUUCAGACGCACGCACAGUUUCCUCCUCAGCUAUGUGCUGCAGAGUAAUACAGUGACUAUAUAAAGAAGUGCCAUUGGCUUGAUCAGGAUCAGAGGAGGUAGCUGGGCCAGGCCUCACUUCUCCAAACUCUCUCUCUCUCUCUCUCUCUCUCUCUCUCUCUCUCUCUCUCUCUCUCUCUCUCUCUCUCUCUCUCUCUCUCUCUCUCUCUCUCUGCUGUUUACUAAUGAACUGUUGGCCUCAAUCCCUCCCCCUCUUUUUUCCCUCUUUUUAAUUUCUUGCAGCUCUCAUGUGCGUCGUGAAACCAGAUGGGGUUCCGCAGUUAUGCAAAACAGAUGAGAUCGGGGAGCUGUGUGUGUGUUCUAUCGCCACAGGGACGUCGUACUAUGGUCUCUCAGGCAUGACCAAGAACACCUUUGAGGUAAGGUCUAACAGCAUGGGGCUAUGGGUUGAGCUACCUCUGGGGACUGGCUAGGGACAAAUGGAACUCCUGGGGAUUGGCUCUAACAACUGCUGUUGCUUCCCAUAGUUCUAAAAACACAUUCCACAUUCCUCAAGUGCUCUUUAUAAUCCAUUAGUGGAGAGAGACUCAUUUAAUAGAAUUGCACCCUUAUGUGAUUUGUUAGUUUAUUCAUUUGUUUUAUUUAUCCAUUGGGCUAAUUUAACCAUCACUUUAUCCACCUGAAUUUCAGGGAUUGUAUGUGAUGCUUGUGUGUAUAUUGCAGGUUUUUAUGAGUGUCUGUGUACUCUAGGUGUUCCCCAUGAACAGUGUUGGGGCUCCCAUCAGUGAGUACCCCUUCACCAGGACAGGCUUGCUGGGCUUCGUGGGUCCUGGGGGGCUGUGCUUCAUCGCUGGCAAGAUGGAUGGCCUCAUGGUGGUGGGGGGAAGGAGGCACAACGCUGAUGACAUCGUGGCUACAGCCCUGGCUGUGGAGCCCAUGAAGUUUGUCUACAGGGGGAGGUGGGUUCUAAUCCAUCUGUUGUGUAUAGCGACAGGAGUUUUCCUGAACAUGUGACCUGACCAGGUAAGCCUCUGGGCUCUAGAUAGGUUAUAGGAUAGACUCUGGGCCCUAGAUAUAGGUUAUAGAAUAGACACUGGGCCCUAGAUAUUGGUUAUAGAAUAGACUCUGGGCCCUAGAUAUAGGUUAUAGAAUAGACUCUGGGCCCUAGAUAUAGGUUAUAGAAUAGACUCUGGGCCCUAGAUAUAGGUUAUAGAAUAGACACUGGGCCCUAGAUAUUGGUUAUAGAAUAGACUCUGGGCCCUAGAUAUAGAUUAUAUUUCUUGGUCAAGUCAAGUGGACUGGAAAAACUCCUGACACUACUUUAAUGAGUAAAGGAUGGUGAUCGUAACUGAUUGAUUGAUGUUGUGUGUCUCUGCUAAUGCAAUGUUGGUAACAGUAUUGGUCUCCUGUCUCUCUGUGCUCCAGGAUAGGCACGUGCUAAUUCUAACAGUAUGCUAACAGUAUUGGUCUCUCUGUCUCUCUGUGCUCCAGGAUAGGCACGUGCUAAUUCUAACAGUAUGCUAACAGUAUUGGUCUCUCUGUCUCUGUUUUUCUGUGCUCCAGGAUAGCAGUGUGCUAAUUGCUAACAGUGUUGGUCUCAUAGAGAUCAUAUAAGUCAUUCUAUAUGUAAUUCUAUGGUUGGUCUCCUGUCUCUCUGUGCUCCAGGAUAGCAGUGUUCUCCAUCACUGUGUUACAUGAUGAGAGGAUCGUGGUGGUGGCAGAGCAGAGACCUGAUUCUACAGAGGAGGACAGUUUUCAGUGGAUGAGUAGAGUGCUGCAGGUAUACACACACACAGUAUACACACACACACAGUAUACACACACACAGUAUACACACCAGUAGACUGAUUUAAAGCCCUGUACUGUAUCCCAGCUCUCUGGGCUCCUGUCCAUGGCUAAGGAGACUGUGGUUUCACUAUUAAAGCUUUCUGCAGCUUUAUGAUUGCAGUAAAAACAAAGACUAUAACAUUUUCUCUUCCUCUUGAUCCAGUUACACAUGGCCUUGGUGUCUGUACUUUCUUUACAACUGUUAUGUAGCCAUAUCUAAUCACCUAGUUCCACUUAAGUCAAAUAUUCACUUAGUCAUGCAUUCAUGUCAAUGGGAGACCAAGUGAGAAUUUGACUUAAGUGGAAGUUAGGAUUUGGCCAUUAGCCAUACUUUACAUGUCUCAAACACUGACAAUCACUGUUCCUCCACAUACAGGCAAUAUAUGGUAUGUCUAUACUACUGUAGCUCUGUCUGAAUGUGUGUCCCAAAUGGCACACUAUUGCCUAUAAUGCACUCCUUUUGACCAGAGCCCUAUGGGGCGCACAUCACCCUAAAGCCCAAAUCACACAGGAAGACGUCCGUCAAUGGUGUGACAUUUUUGUGAGAGCGUCAAUUCAGAUACACUGCAUAGCAUAUGCCAUUGUAAUUGUCUUGAAAAUCCAUAGUAAACAGUUGUAUUCUUUCUUGAAAUGGGAGUUCCUUGAGUUUUCCAGCUGUAGCCUGCCUAGGCUAUAUGCCUGUAGUUGAAAUCAACGCAGGUAGGCAGUUGUUUUCAUAUGUAACCUAUUUGACUGAUAGACCAUAUCUCACAGCCCAAUACAUUUUAAACUACAUCUUUAGUCUACUUAGCAUAGCGAAGAUCAUAACAAUUCCUCUAAUUCCUUUUCUACAAAUAACCCACUCAAUCUCUAGACCAGAUUUGAUUAAGGCAAACACUAACCAUACACUUUGUUUGAACAUCAUCAAUCAAAUCGGCUGUAAGCUAAAACAGUGAUAGCCUACUGUCAAGAAAUGAAAUUGACAACGUGAUCUGUAACUCUGAAACACAAUCCAGUUGAUAAAUGUAUCGAAUGUCGUUGCAUUCAUGCAUUGCUACACCAUGUAUCAUAAGCACUAGCCUAAACAUAAUAUUGGCAUUGGCAGUUAAACGUAUCAACACUAAAUAGACACAUUUCACAACUCCAGACGUAACAAUGCACAAACAGUCUAUUUUCGGACAGUUUAUCAGCUCAUUUUACCAGCAUUGCUCCGCGUGGACGCAAGGCAAAUAGACUCAUUUGACGCGCCGUUGACGCUCGCGGCCCGUCAGUUUUCUCUCAUUCACUCCCAUGCAUUCCCUCCCCAUACAGGCCAUAGAUGGGAUCCACCAGGUGGGGGUGUAUUGCCUGGCCCUAGUCCCCUCCAACACCCUUCCUAAAACCCCUCUGGGGGGCAUCCACCUGUCAGAGACCAAGCAGCUGUUCCUGGAGGGCUCCCUGCACCCCUGCAACGUCCUCAUGUGCCCUCAUACCUGUGUCACCAACCUGCCCAAGCCCCGGCAGAAACAACCAGGUCAGACACUAUGUUACACCAUAGCACACCAUCCUGAGUGGGUCUGCCUGGGGGAUUGAUAGUUCAUUUGUUUAAUUGAAAUCCUUAGUUUAUGUGGUUUUAUUGGGUUCAAUGAAGUCAGUGCAGAACUUGCAAGUAGAUUAACUUAGAUGUGUAAUAGAUUUAUAUAAAAAUAAAACUGUACAGAUAGGGAGAUAGCGAUAUCUACAUUAUUUUAUUUCAACUUCUUCAUAUGUGUUUAUUCUGUUGAAUGAGGUGUAGAACUAAGAUCAUGCACAUUCAGAACUGUACAGGGAGUGCAUUGUAAUCUGGUCUGGUGACUAUUGUAACAUGUUUCCCAUCUGAUCCAACACAUCCCAUCCCAUAUCGCAGCUGUCAUCUCUCUCCAUUAGUUUCUGGCCUGUGUUCCUCCUAGAUAGAUCUUCCUUUACAGCACAGGUUUCUCUGGCCAUUUCUGUCUGAAAAGCACUCUGUCAGAGUAGAAUCCUCCAGUCAAUUGGCCCAUCCAUUCAGUUCCAUUUGCCUCUGAACGCAAGGUCAAUCUCAGCCCACCCUGUCACUGUGAAUCUCUUCUGGGGAUUAGGGGGAAUUCACUUCACACACACAAUGUGAGCCAGUGUAUAUCACUACAGAUCACAGCCAGGGAUAUAGACCACCCCCACGUGUGUGUGACUGUGUGUAUGUGACUGUGUGUGUGUGUGUGUGUGUUUGUGACUCUGUGUGUGUGUGUGUAGGUAUGUAUGUCUCACCCCUAUGCCUCUGUCCACAGAGAUCGGGCCUGCCUCUGUGAUGGUGGGGAACCUGGUGUCGGGGAAGAGGAUUGCCCAGGCUAGUGGCAGGGACCUGGGCCAGAUGGAAGACAAUGAUCAGGCAAGAAAGGUGUGUGUGUGGCUCUCUGAAGGCUUGGUUUUCAUCAACACACUCAUCUACGUCAACACACUCAUUAAACCAUCCACUGUGAGUCACUAGCUGAAUCUGGUGAUGCAUCCCAAAUGGCUUUAUUUCCCCUACAUAGUGCAAUACUUUUGACAAGAGCCCUAUGGUCCCUGGUCAAAAGUAGUGCGCUGUAUAGAGAAUAGGGUGCCGUUUGGGACGCAUCCUGGCCCGGUUUAUUCUGGCAUGCUCUCCAUGUUUCAUUUGAACCCCUCAUACACAACAGUGUAGUGGUAGUUCAACCAUUGUUCAUCUGUAGUCUCCUCAAGUCAUUUGAAUGCUUCAUGUAACAUCCUCUAUGUUUUUGUUUAUAUGAUCUCUCUCAUUAUAUUAUUUCAUUCAUGAUCUCUAAGCAUUUGUAUGGAGGGAGCAGACCAUAUACAACUCUGCUAUCAUGCUUUGAACAAUACCGACAACAGUACCAUAGCUCUGCAGUCCAGUCAGAUGUAUUGUUUGAGAUCCACUCUGAGUUAGACUCAAUUUAAAGGCUAAAACUGUCCUGGUAACAUUAGGCUGAUGUUGUUACAGGACUAAUAUGGAACAAAUCCUUUAAAAGCAUCACUGAGACAGACCACAUUAAGAUAUUUCAUAGGCACAGUAAGACAUUUUACUCCGUGGUAUUUUCGAUUUCAUAGACAUAAGUCUAAGAGGCUCUCUGUCUCUGAGAUACCUAAUAAUAGGGUGUGUAAGGGUACCCAUGGGCCGCGCCCCAAAUGGCACCCUAUCCCCUACAUAGUGCACUAUGGGCCCUGGUCAAAAGUAGUGCCCUAUAUAGGGAAUAUGGUACACAGUUUGGUGUGUUCUCGCAGAAGCUCUAUGUAUUGAUACUAGGCCUCCAGGUUUCUUGUCUCCAUUGCUUCCUCUCUAUUUCCACGGAGCGUUUGAACGAUCCCUUCAUCAACAUCCCAGUCACACAUACUGGCAUGCAGUCUGGGCUUCUCUAAGCCCUUACUUCAUAUCUAGGACAGGUUUUCCCAAGAUGGGCCACAUAGUGGAUGGCAGAUCAGACUAGUAAACUGAGUCUGGGUGAAGGAUUGUGUUGUCUUGGUUGGUUGUUUUCAUUCACUUUGCCUUGGAAAAUCAAACAGAACGUAUCCUUCAGGAUUUUAGGACUAACCUGGCUGCAUCUGAAAUGGUUCCCUAUAUAGUGCACUACUUUUGACCAGGUUCCAUAGGGCUUUGGUCAAAAGUAGUGCACUACAAAGGGAUUAGGCUGACAUUUAGGACGAAGCCACCGUCAAUACAGAGGUGUACGAACAGUAAGGAUGUGAAGCUAUGUGAUUUGUCAGACUCUAGAUUUGGUAGCACUUUCUUUUACCAUGGCAGGGGUGUGGAAAGUCAUUAUUAGUAAAGGAAUGUGUGGUGCCUGGCUGGUGGCGCUGAACGACGGUGAGGGUAGCCGUAGCGUAGCGGAGACAGAAUUUAUUUAUACUUUCUCUAAUUCAGAAAAAUCUCAUCAAUUACCCCAUCAGGCUGCCGCUUGGCCAGUAUGCCAUCUAAUGUGAAGUGACAAGGCAAACAACUGUGACAACACAACACACACAUAUUUCUUCUGUUUCUACUUUCCCUCAGGAGGACAGGACUCAUUGUCUGUCUCCCAAACGGCACACUAUUCCCUAUAUAGUGCACUACUUCUGACCAGGGCCCAUAGCGUCUGGUUAAAAGUAGUGCAAUAUAUAGGGAAUACAGUGUCAUUUGGGACGCAGACAUUGUUUGUGGCUUGGAUUCCUCUGACUCAAACUGUUCAUGUACACUUUCAUGUGAUCUAAUCCCCCUAGCAACCAUCAGUCUGUAUCCCUUCCUCUAUUCUGUUCAGCAUGCCAACCAAACCAUAAUACUAUCUCUGCUGCUUCCCUCUCGUCAUCACCUUAACGCACCCGGAUGGACCGUCUGUCUGUCUGUCUCUGUCUGUAUGCUCAUCCAUCAGAAAAUCAGGCCCUCUGUGUGAAUGGGUUUUUCUUAUUCUUCGUAGCUCCAUUUCCUUUAUAUUAAAUGUUUUUUUUUUGUUGUUGUGCUUGAUUGUCUAGCCAUGUCUAACCCAAGCAAUUAAUUUGUGUCAGUGUGUGUGGUAGGGAACGGUUGCUGCUCUAGCAUGUUUUAACAAUGUAUGCAACAUGAGCGUUCCUAGGGUAACUAAUACUUGUGGUAAACUUCAUGUUACUGUUGCUGAAAAUGUACACCACUGACCACCUCGUCACAUAACACUGAAGACUAACACUCUUAAACUCUGGAGUCACAGACUUUUAACUAACAAAUGAAGCUCUUCUCUGCUGAUUCUAAUCUAGGACCUGGAAUCUGAGUCACAGACAGACACUGACUGCCUGGGCUGAUUAAAGACAAAAGGUCUUUGUACUAUUCUGUACUGAGCGAAUGGCUCAGGCUUCACUGGAGCACUGGAGGAAUCUCAGAGGAGAGGGUGGGCCGUCACAGUUCAAUACAAAGCUCAGCCCUUUCUAUCAGUCUCUGUCUUCUAGUUGUCGCAGCUCUGACAAUACCGGGUUUGCAUCCCAAAUGACACCCUAUUCCCUAUGUAGAGCACUACAGAACCCUAUAGGUUCUUGUCAAAUGUUGUGCACUAUAUACCGAAUAGGGUGCCAAUUGGGAUGAAGCUUGGGCCUCUCGCUCUCCUACUGAUCCAGAGAUAUGUAGCUUACUCUACAGUAGUGGGACCGUUUCCUGUGACCAGAGAUGAAACAGAAUACAUUGGUUUUACUAAAUUAUCCAUAGGGCUUAUGGCAAGUGCCUGAAUGAUGUUUUCAUCAGGAAAGUGUUCAUAUUUUCCUAAUGUUGUUGAGGCGUUGGCAGACUGGAAUAAGUUCCUGUCUUAAUGUUUGUUUGAGUGCAGAGAGGGAUUUCACUUAGUCUCAGGCAGCCCUCACAUGUAGUGCACUACUUUUGACCAGAGCCCUAUGUGCCCUGGUCAAAAGUAGUACACUAUAUAUGGAAUAGGGUGCAAUUUGGAAAGCAGCCGUGGGUUCACAGGAAGAAGUCUGUUCUGUGUGUCUGUUGAAAACAGGGCUUCCUAUGGAAUUAGACAGGAAAUAUCAAAUGACUGUGUUUCAACAGGACAACAUCUGUCCCUACUUAAUGGCAAGAGCCCUAGUGUAAAACAAAACACUUUCAACAGCUCUAAUUUUCACAGCAUAAAAAACAAAAACUAGACACACAUGCUAAGGUUGGUGGUGGGUAGAUUCUGCUGAGGCCCUGGUGUUCAGAGCAGCAAAGUACUGUAAGUCAUGUGUGUGUCCCAAAUGGCACCCUAUUUUCCUUAUAUAGUGCACUAAUUCAAAAGUAGUCCAAUAUAAAGGGCAUAGGGUGCCAGUUUGGGACCCACAUCUGGUGUUCAGAGCAGCGUAGUAAGUCCUGUUGUCUGUGAUCUUCUAUCUGUAGCAGUUGGACCCGGUGGAAUAAAACGGUGCAUAUUGAAUUUCUAAUUAAUCACUAUAAAAGCAGGCCUGAAGACAGGCAAUAUUACACAAAGACUCCAAACUGUCCUGCUCUGUGCCUCCCACAGAACCAAACUGCAAUAGGCAUGAAUUACACCACGCUAUUUACUCCUCACGGAUGAAACUUUGAAAUAUUCAUUAGCUGAGACACUUGGCCCCUUCUUUUAUUUCUCACACUAUGUUUUAUAUCUGCUGCACCAAUAUGGAGCUCAUGUGUUAUGCGUGCUGGCUACCCUUUCUCUUCACCUCCCUCUAUCUUUCUCUCUCUGUCUCGCUCUCUCUCUCAGCAACUGAAUCACUGCCCUCAGUGUUGAAAUAUUAUAAGCGCAGUUCAUUGUGCUACAAGAAUGAUAUGUUUUAUUAAGAACUCCGUGUGUCACCUUCUAAUAUGAAAAGGACUGUAACAUCUUCUCCUCAAUAGGCUAACAGGUUUUGUGAAAUGGCAGACAAGUUUUAACCACUGGCACUCAGGGUUUUAAUUACUGUACCUUUCUCCUAGGCUGAAAUGGUACCCUAUUCCCUAUAUAGUGCACUACCUUUUACCAAAGCCCUAUGCAUGCCCUGGUCAAACGUAGUGCACUAUAAAUAGGGAAUAGGUUGCGAUUUGUAACACACCUGGUUGUCCUCCUGUCUGAUUUUAACACAGAGAAAGAAUGACCCCUCAGUGUGACCUGGACAUCCAGCUGGAGGCUUAUUUUAUUUUCUCUUUCUUUGUAUUUUUUUAGUUCCUCUUUCUCUCCGAAGUGUUACAAUGGAGGGCCCAGACCACUCCGGACCAUGUGCUUUACACACUGCUCAACUCAAGGGUAGGUGUGGUCUGGCUCUAUUGUGAUUGUUCACAUCUGACUCCUAACAUGUUUUGUAAACAUGGCAGUAGCAACUGAAAUAGUUGGCUUUGUUGCCGGUUGUUAGUGAGACCUAUCAGGAUUUUAUCUGAAGUAGCCUUAUCAAAGACCUAUUGAAAAUGUUGACUGUAAAUCAUAAUUUUCUUGCUUUCUAGUAUUGAUUCAGCAGUUUUGCAUGACACUGUAUUUAUGUCUCUCUGUCUCUCUCUGUUUCUCUCGCUCUGUUUCUCUCUCUGUUUCUCUCUCCGUCUCUGUUUCUCUCUGUCACUCUUUCUUUGUGUGUGUGUAUGUAUGUGUGUGUGUGUGUGUGUGUGUGUGUUUUCGUGUGUGUGUGACCACAGGGGACAAUAGCCAGCUCGCUGUCAUGUGUCCAGUUGCAUAAGAGAGCAGAGAAGAUUGCUACCAUGCUGGCGGAGCGAGGACACCUGCAGGACGGGGAACACGUUGCGCUCGUCUACCCCCCUGGUACGUCUGGUGCACAAACACACACACAUUACAUGUCUCUCACUGGGUUUAUCACCACCAGUCAUGUGUGUUGUCAGUUACUGUGCAUCACAUUAACAUGUCCCUGUCCGUUCCCACCUUUCGGUUAGUGGCUCAACACUCUAACCGCUAGGCUACCUGGUACCUGCCUCAUCCAUACAGCAUAAAUUAGCGUUGAUAAACUAAGCUAGGAUUUCCGUCCCAUCAUGUGUCGCGACAAUAAAAAACAUCAAAAUAUUUAUACCCAACUGGCGCGCAAAUGGGAUUGGUUCUGUUUCCUUGUGUUAUCAUUCAUCAACCUAGAAGCAUUCAGUGUUGACAAGACAAGAGGGCCUGAGCCACAUCCCACUAUGAUCGAAUAGUACUUCCAACAAGAUUGUGCUGAUCUUUAAUGGCACACACAGUGUGAUGCAAACAAAUCCAUUUUGAAGGCCUUUGGCGAGAGACAGGACUGGAUGUUCCAAGUUUUAAAGGGUAGAACUCUAAUUUGGAACUCCUUCAGUAUUUGGGAGCCAGAGACAUUCAAGCAUUUAGAGUGAACCAUAGGUCUAUAAUGAAGAAACUCAGUCAAGCAGGACAAAUCUUGACACGGGUGAUUGCCUGAGAGAGCGAUUCAAUUAACUGUCCCUGAGACAGCUAGCUCAAUACUACACCUGGUCCUGAGAGUGCAGCUGUCUGUCUGGAAGCUGGCUCCGAUUCAGCACUGGGUCUCAUGGACGGAGGGAUGGAUACUCAUAUUUCUCUCUCUCUCUCUCUCUCUCUCUCUCUCUGCAGGGAUUGACCUGAUCGCAGCGUUCUACGGGUGCCUGUACGCGGGCUGUGUGCCAAUCACCGUGCGACCUCCGCACCCCCAGAACAUCGCCACCACUCUGCCCACGGUGAAGAUGAUCGUAGAGGUAAGUGCCUCGUUGACAUCCAUGUAUCAAGUCGUCGCAUCACAUCUGACCUUCAUUCGGAGAAGGGAAAUGAAAAUGUAGAAGGAGACGCAUCGCGUAGGAGGUGAUAUUAGAGCGGGAUCCUCAAAGCGACAGAGUUUCCCUUCUCAAACUCCUAGGGCAUUUCUUUCUGGAUCAUUUUACAAUGUGUGUGCUUGGGUGUCUUAACAGGUUUGUGUCUCAACGUGUGUGUUUUUCCUGACGUGUGUGGAUGCCCCCAGGUGAGCCGCUCGGCGUGUAUGAUGACCACAGCGGUGAUCUGUAAAUUGCUGAGGUCGAAGGAGGCGUCGGCAGCAGUGGACGUCAGGACCUGGCCUCCUGUCCUGGACACAGGUAAGAUACUACAUUUACCCACACUGCAUCACUUACCUCAGUCAGAGAGAAUCCAUUACCCACCUCAGCCAGAGGCUCUGGAAGAAGUGCGGUCUUAAGAAAUACUUGUUUUUCCUCACAACUUCUUUACAACUGACACCGAUGCAAAGAUCUUGCGACCAAUCGAUCAUCUACUUAUAACUGUAUUGGUGAUAAGUGGUCUUGUCCUUUCUCUCUCUCCUCUAGAUGAUUUGCCAAAGAAGAAGCCUCCUCUAUUGUACAAGCCCUCCAAUCCAGACACACUGGCCUACCUGGACUUCAGUGUGUCCACCACAGGGAUGCUAGCAGGAGUGAAGGUAAACCACUUCUAACCAGAAUGUGGUUCUCCUAUCAGGGAGGCCGAUAUCUCUAAAAGCAUAUGAAGUGAAUCAGGAACAAGCUGUGUUACAUACACUUGAACGUGAUCAUCUGAGUGAAAAGAUAGUGGUGACAUUUUAAAAACAUGAAAGCAGUUAUUGAUCCCAGACCUCCUCUGCUGUGGAUGAUUAGCUGAAUCUCUCACUGUACUUUACAGUGCUCACUCAGAAUGACUAUUCUCCCUGGCGCCACAGAUCCAACCCCAUACAAUGACAGGUCUUGUUCACAGUUAAUCUGGCCUUGUUGAAACCUUUGUCUGCCUGACGAAGCUCAGUAGGAAAUCCAGUGAAAAAGCAUCUUGUGAAAGAUGUAUAUUUUCACUGGUCAAUAAGGGAAGCCAUUUGCUAUCAGUUCCUCAGUGGACGAAGGCUUAGUUGAUUUUCUCCCUGUUUUGUAAGCGAGUAUUGAUCUUCACCAAGAGGCGAUUGUCUAUUCUGUUCCUCGUCCUGCUAUAAACACAUUGAAGAAUAAUGUUGCCUUAGGUGGUGGGGGAGGAUUGUUGUGGUGUGUGGGGCUCUCUUAUGUAGGUUACUAAAACAAAAUGCCCUCUUUGGGAUGUUGGAAUGUUCAGCCAUGCUAAAUAACAAUGUAUUUGGUGCUGUACACUGAUUACCAUAACAAAACCCUGAAAAAGUAGAGCACUAUAUAGUGAAUAGGGUGCAUUUGGGAUACAGAUGGAAUUGCAUGCCACUUAAACAAGGUCUCAGGCUGGAGUGGAACUACUGUUGUUUAAUAAUGGGACAAUAACAGCUUACUGGAGAGGAGACACACACACACAGUUUUGACAGCGUUAACCAACCGUAUAUACAGCCGCUUGUUGAGGCAUUGUUUUGCCAUUAAUUGAUUCAUUCAUUAAGAUCAAGGAUUCAGGCAGUGGUACUCACAGUAGCAGCUCAUGAGAAUAUUUGCAUGAAUUGUUUUCUGGAAUGCGUUUGCUAAUUCUGAUGCGGUUCAAUUGAAACUCUAAACAAAGCUUUUUUUAAUGAAUGACUGAAACACAGUCCUGUUGUACUUCAUUUGUUUACAUGGCUAUUGUUUAGUAAAGAGCAUGUGAUGACAGCAUGGGUAGAAAUGAUACCAAUAUGUAGGCUGUAUUUGUUGGUUUUGUGAUGUAGCCAAGUUAGCCAGAGCACCAGUCUGUUUGUGCCAUCAUGCCAACUCCUUGUCACUGGUUGUCAUGUUUGGCUUGACAAGGACAGCGAUUGGCUAGGACCCAACUAUAGCCAAGUAGAAUGAUAAAACUAUAUUUGUAAUCUGUAUGUGUUUGUUCUUGUCAUCCCGACUUUGUAGAUGUCUCACACUGCCACCAGUGCCUUCUGCCGUUCUAUCAAGCUGCAGUGUGAGCUGUACCCCUCCCGUGAGGUGGCUAUCUGCCUGGACCCCUACUGCGGCCUGGGAUUCGUCAUCUGGUGCCUUUGCAGGUGAGACAGAGAGAGAGAUGGACCCUCCUAACAUGUCACACGUCCAUCUGGCUGUGCUGUGUCCACGCACUUCUGUACCCAACUACCUACACACACACAGCUACCCCUGUACCUCUCUGAUCUGAAGAAACCCUGCUAUGUUCACCCUGGGUGGAGGGGGGGAGACCCAAUGCAGCCUUAUGCAUUAUUCUGCUGUGUUUAGCCUAGCCCGCUGUCCGUCUCCUUGUGAUGAUGUAACAACACUCUGCUUUGCUCCACUCUCCACUGGCCCUCUCUCUAAUCGCCUUCCCAGUGGAAGCUCUCUCUCUCUAGCAUGUCAUCACUCAACUUGUCAAAUCUUCAUAUGGAAAUAUGAUCAGUGGGGUGCUGUCCAAAAACCAGGACUUUGCUGAAGAACAAAGCUGUUUCAUAUGCCAGGCGUGUGUUUCAGAUUGGGAGUGUUUCUGAUUGAUGCCUAUGCAAAGCUAGCCGUAGUUGUUAUACUGUGUAUAAUGCACUAGCUACUAGCUAGCUGCACUACAGAGGUUGGUUCGGCCUUGAUGAUAUGGCACUGGCCUGCAUUGUAAAUGGAGCCACUGAACACAUACUGUAGUGAAGUGUGUUGUUUAGAUUGGUAGUGGUCGGAAGUACAUAAUGGCUCAUGUUACUGGUGUGAAGAGUGUCAAGUUUUUAUGUUAAGUUUAUGUGCACACAGGCUAUGUAGAACUCAGUGUAGAACUCAGUUUCCAUCUCCUGUGUGUAGUGUGUACUCACUCUGUGUGUGUAGUGUGUACUCACUCUGUGUGUGUGCAGUGUGUACUUGUAUGCUUAUAUUUUCUGUCUCUUGUGUGUACUUUGUAGUGUGUACUCUGGCCACCAGUCCAUCCUGAUUCCACCUUCAGAGUUGGAGGUGAACCCUGCUCUGUGGCUGCUGGCUGUCAGCCAAUACAAGGUCAGGGACACCUUCUGCUCCUACAGCGUCAUGGAGCUGUGCACCAAGGGCCUGGGCCUGCAGACCGACUCACUCAAGGUAAGUGUCCAUCUGCCAAAUCACCACAACAAUGAUACUUAGAUAAGAUCAAAUAAUCUGAGAGUAAAACACUUUGUGACAACUGCUAAUGUAAAAAUAUUGAUUGAUUGCCUUAUUGAUUGAUUAAUUGACCGCUUGAUUACAAUCUAGUCCAUCAGCCCAGACUCAUCCAGCCUGGUUAAUUCUGGUUUGUCCAGUUUAAUGCAUUUUGUUUUGUCCCUCACCCUCUCCAUCAGUCUCGAGGCCUGGACCUGUCGCGGGUGAGGACGUGUGUGGUGGUGGCGGAGGAGAGACCCAGGAUAGCUCUGACUCAGUCCUUCUCCAAGCUCUUCAAAGACCUGGGCCUCCACCCACGAGCAGUCAGCACCUCGUUCGGCUGCAGAGUCAACCUGGCCAUCUGUCUGCAGGUACAGUCAGUACCUUCCUCCUCUCCUCUAGUCCACAAACCCCAUGUCCUCUCUGUCCCUCAAAAAGUUGUAUCAAAUGUGCAACUCUUACUAAGCUCAGUAUUUGACAAUGAGUCUCUGGGUACCAUCUCUGUCUGUCCCCCACUCUGUCGCCAGUGGAACUCUGAUAGACUGAAUAAAAAGAAACUCCAGCACGCUGGUGAUGUCGAUGCAUCCCACAUUUAAUGGAUCAUAUUACCAAUGUUUCUACCCACAGUAGACAACAUGCUCUUUGAUACAUGUUAGCCAGUGGGUGUCUAUUGUGGCUCUGCAGUGGUCUUGUGUUAGUUGAAGGGCGUGCUGCUGUUUCUUGUUGUCAUUCUCUCUGCUCCAGUAUCGUUUGCAAAGCCUUUUCCUCAAGUUGGAAAUUAGUUGUGUUUGUUUUAUUUAGAGACUUAAUGUUAACUCCCUAGUUGCAUUACGGUUUGUUUGUUUUUUGGGGUGGGAGAGAUUAAUCGGAUGUAAUUUAAUGGAGUAUAGUCAUUAGUCUGUAUUUGUGUGACUUAACCUGGGAAGCAACAGUAUUCUCUGUGAGCCUACACACACAGCCAUGCGGUUCUGAUGAGAAACAUGAUACCUUCGAAACAAGAUAAGUCUUCUCUACAUCUGGUCAAGAUGCAGGCAAAAAGAAAUUGGGUUUUGACUUGGGGUAUUCCUUGUUUCUCUACACUUAUAUACACAGGGCCCAUAGGGUCAAAAGUAGUGCACUAUAUAGGGAAUAGGGUGCCAUUUGGGAUGCAUCAAGUGGGUUGUACGAUAAUGCUAGCUGAUCUAGCUGAAAAUGGAGAUGUCUGAGAUUUUAUCUGCAGCUUGGAGUGUUGAGAUUUUCUACAGGCCCUAGGCCCUAUAGGGCCUACAGUAAUAUCCUCCUAUCAGGGUUUACAGGAUAAAAAGCCAACAUGCAUAGAUAUCCUCUACAUAUCUCACUCUCUCUGCCCUCUGCUUUUCAUCAAAACAAACAAUUACCAGACAUAGCCCAGCGCGUCCCAAAUGGCACCCUAUUACCUAAAUAGUGCACGACUAUGGGCCCUGGUCAAAGGUCGUGCACUAUAUAGGGAAUAGAGUGCCAUUUGGGACGUACCCUAUGUCUCUGGAGCUCAGCUGUCCAUAAGCAUUACACAUGCUGCUAUGUCAUGCUUUCAUUUUGGGCUGCUCAUUCUUUUACAUGAUUCAACUUAUUUUGCAAGCUUUAUUAUUUUAAUUAUAUCAAAUUGUAAGCUUUACUAUUCUAAUGUCAAUGAGAUAGAGAUAAGUAUACCAUUUGCACCUGUUUCAGGGUGUACAUUAUCUGUUCAAUCAACCAAUGAAAUCUGAAUAGAUCGAUAAAAAGCCCAAUCGAGAAGCAUGUUGAAAAUGUUUGUUGUAUUAUAUCACAAUUAUUUAACAUGUAUAGAUUUUCUCUCUUAUAAUUUUUUUUGUAAAUAAGGUAUUAGGCUACCUCUGAGGCAUGCUUCUUAACUUGAGUAUACAUGGAUGUAAUCAUGUAACAGUUAUUGUAUUUUAAAUGUCCCCAAAUGUUCUAACCUAACAUUGAUCUAUUGGCUAACAUUAAUAAGCUUAGUUCGUAACGUAACUUCUUAUUAGUUAAGACUGCUUCUCAAAAAAAACAUGUUUUCCAUUUCUAUAUUUGACAUUUUUGUCCCCCCCCCCCCCAUGUUUUUUUGCAUAACCCCACCCACAUAUCUCAUACUUGGUUUUGUCUUCACCCCCCCUCCCUCCACCCCCUAAUUUCUCCUUCCUUCCUACCUCCUCCUCACUCUCCUCCUCCGGCUGCUGCUAUAGCCUCACAGGCUGGGGAAGCUUGCUGACCAGGUAGGGGAUUUCCAUGUUCCCUAAUCACCCUCUUCAUCAGGUGUUGCAAGCGGGCAGGGGACAGGAGGGAUAGGGUGGACAAGGCAGGAGGUACCGGGUAGAGGACAGGGCCAGUAGCAUAGCCAGACACAGCUAUGGUCAAGGCUCCUUAGUCGCUUAUGAGGGGUCAGGAUUUGUAAGAGAAAGACUGUGCUCACAGGGGUUUGAUUGCGAGCUUCACUGUAUGGUGAUGUUGACACAUUUAAUUGGAUAGGAAAAGGGAACUGUGGCCAUUCUGGAGAGUCCCAAAUGGCACCCUAUUCCCUAUAGCACACUACUUUUGACCAGGCCACAAUGGGCUCUGGUCAAAAGUAGUGCAAUAUAUAGGAAUAUAUGUGUAACAGCAAGAUGUUCUACUGCAGGGGUAGGCAACACUGUUCCUGGAGUGCCGCAGGUACUGCAGGAUUUUGUCCCAGCUAGGCACCACACCAGACCUACUGAGCUAAUUUGAUUAGUUCAGUGAUUGCCUAAAUUCAACACAACUGGUCUUCCAGGUAGGUUAAAUUAAAAACAUGAAGUGCUGCUGCACUCCAGGACCAGGGUUGCCUACCCAUGUUCUACUGUCUAAAGGUGCCAUCUGAGACACUUAGAAAAGGUCAGCUCUUUAAUAUUAAAACUCUGCAGGACAGAAACAUUAACCUGUGCUGGGGCAACUUGUCAAGUGUGGUCAUAUCAGUAAUGGCCUCUAGUUUGUCCUGGGAUAGAUACUGCCACAGCUCAUUCGGACUGCUUCUCCUUAGUACACAUAAAGGCAGGGUUUCCCAACCCUCUCCUUGGGCCCCCUCAGACAUUUCACGUUUUUGUUUUAACCCUAAACUGGCAAACCUGAUUGAAUUAGUCAACUAAUCAUCAAGCCUUUGACUAAUUGAAUCAGGUGUGCCAGUUUAGGGUUAAAGCAAACAUGUGAAAAGUCUGUGGGGGCCCGAGGAGAGGGUUGAGAAACCCUGAUUUAAGGGUCUGUCUGUCUGAGACCCAGAGGGGAGAUAACUUCUUAACUACGGAGGAACUGCAUGUUAAACAACACCAUUCGACUCUAGCCUUGUGGAAUUAUUGUAGUGUAGUACUAGCCCGGUCCAGAUCGGUAUGUGCUUUAGCCAACUCUUCUAACUAGUAUUGUACUGCCAUGUACACUGAACAAAAAUAUAAACGCAACAUGUAAAGUGUUCGUCCCAUGUUUCAUGAGCUGAAAUAAAAGAUCCCGGGAAUUUUCUAUACGCACAAAAGGCUUAUUUUUCUCAAACUUUGUGCACAAAUUUGUUUACAUCCCUGUUAGUGAGCAUUUCUCCUUUUCCAAGAUAAUCCAUCCACCUGACAGGUGUGGCAUAUCAAUAAGCUGAUUAAACAACAUGAUCAUUACACAGGUGCACCUUGUGCUGGGGAGAAUAAAAGGACACUCUAAAAUGUGCAGUUUUGUCACACAACACAAUGCCACAGAUGUCUCAAGUUUUGAGGGAGCGUGCAAUUGGGAACGCUGACUGCAGGAAUGUCCAACAUAGCUGUUGCCAGAAAACUGAAUGUUCAUUUCUCAACCAUAAGCCGCCUCCAACGUCGUUUUAGAGAAUUUGGCAGUAUGUCCAACCGGCCUCACAACCACAGACCACAUGUAAGGAGCCGUGUGGUCGAGCGGUUUGCUGAUGUCAACGUUGUGAACAAAGUGCCCCAUGGUGGCGGUGGGGUUAUGGUAUGGGCAGGCAUAAGCUAUGGACAAUGGACACAAUUGCAUUUAAUUGAUGGCAAUUUGAAUGCACAGAGAUACCGUGAUGUGAUCCGGAGGCCCAUUGUCGUGCCAUUCAUCCGCCACCAUCACCUCAUGUUUCAGCAUGAUAAUGCACAGCCCCAUGUCACAAGAAUCUGUACACAAUUCCUGGAAGCUGAAAAUGUCCCAGUUCUUCCAUGGCCUGCAUACUCACCAGACGUAUCACCCAUUGAGCAUUUUUGGGAUGCUCUGGAUCGAUGUGUACGACAGUGUGUUCCAGUUCCCACCAAUAUCCAGCAACUUCGCACAGCCAUUGAAGAGGAGUGGGACAACAUUCAACAGGCCACAAUCAACCGCCUGAUCAACUCCAUGCGAAGGAGAUGUCGCGCUGCAUGAGGCAAAUGGUGGUCACACCAGAUACUGACUGGUUUUCUGAUCCACGUCCCUACCUUUAAAAAAAAAAGUUAUCUGUGACCAACAGAUGCAUACAGUGAGGGGAAAAAAUGUAUUUGAUCCCCUGCUGAUUUUGUACAUUUGCCCACUGACAAAGACAUAAUGGUAGGUUUAUUUGAACAGUGAGAGACAGAAUAACAACAAAAAAAUCCUGAAAAACGCAUGUCAAAAAUGUUAUAAAUUGAUUUGCAUUUUAAUGAGGGAAAUAAGUAUUUGACCCCUCUGCAAAACAUGACUUAGUACUUGGUGGCAAAACCCUUGUUGGCAAUCACAGAGAUCAGACGUUUCUUGUAGUUGGCCACCAGGUUUGCACACAUCUAAGGAGGGAUUUUUUUCCACUCCUCUUUGCAGAUCUUCUCCAAGUCAUUAAUAGUUUUGAGGCUGACAUUUGGCAACUCGAACCUCCAGCUCCCUCCACAGAUUUUCUGGAGACUGGAUAGGCCACUCCAGGACCUUAAUGUGCUUCUUCUUGAGCCACUCCUUUGUUGCCUUGGCCGUGUGUUUUGGGUCAUUGUCAUGCUGGAAUUACCCAUCCAUCCACGACCCAUUUUCAAUGCCCUGGCUGAGGGAAGGAGGUUCUCACCCAAGAUUUGACGGUACAUGGCCACGUCCAUCAUCCCUUUGAUGCAGUGAAGUUGUCCUGUCCCCUUAGCAGAAAAACACCCCCAAAGCAUAAUGUUUCCACCUCCAUGUUUGACGGUGGGGAUGGUGUUCUUGGGGUCAUAGGCAGCAUUCCUCCUCCUCCAAACACAGCGAGUUGAGUUGAUGCCAAAGAGCUUGAUUUUGGUCUCAUCUGACCACAACACUUUCACCCAGUUCUCCUCUGAAUCAUUCAGAUGUUCAUUGGCAAACUUCAGACGGGCCUGUAUAUGUGCUUUCUUGAGCAGUGGGACCUUGCGGGCGCUGCAGGGUUUCAGUCCUUCACGGCGUAGUGUGUUACCAAUUGUUUUCUUGGUGACUAUGGUCCCAGCUGCCUUGAGAUCAUUGACAAGAUCCUCCCGUGUAGUUCUGGGCUGAUUCCUCACCGUUCUCAUGAUCAUUGCAACUCCACGAGGUGAGAUCUUGCAUGGAGCCCCAGGCCGAGGGAGAUUGACAGUUAUUUUGUGUUUCUUCCAUUUGCGAAUAAUCACACCAACUGUGUUCACCUUCUCACCAAGCUGCUUGGCGAUGGUCUUGUAGCCCAUUCCAGCCUUGUGUAGGUCUACAAUCUUCUCCCUGACAUCCUUGGAGAGCUCUUUGGUCUUGGCCAUGGUGGAGAGUUUGGAAUCUGAUUGAUUGAUUGCUUCUGUGGACAGGUGUCUUUUAUACAGGUAACAAACUGAGAUUAGGAGCACUCCCUUUAAGAGUGUGCUCCUAAUCUCAGCUCGUUACCUGUAUAAAAGACACCUGGAAGCCAGAAAUCUUUCUGAUUGAGAGGGGGUCAAAUACUUAUUUCCCUCAUUAAAAUGCAAAUCAAUUUAUAACAUUUUUGACAUGCGUUUUUCUGGAUUUUUUUGUUGUUAUUCUGUCUCUCACUGUUCAAAUAAACCUACCAUUAAAAUUAUAGACUGAUCUUUUCUUUGUCAGUGGGCAAACGUACAAAAUCAGCAGGGGAUCAAAUACUUUUUUCCCUCACUGUAUCUAUAUUCUAAGUCAUGUGAAAUCCAUAGAUUAGGGCCUAAUUUAUUUAUUUAAAUUGACUGAUUUCCUUAUAUGAACUGUAACUCAGUAAAAUCUUUUAAAUUGUUGCAUGUUGCGUUUAUAUUUUUUGUUCAGUAUAGUUGGCUAAAGCACAUCUGAACAAGUUUAGUAGUAGUAUGAUUGCAGUAUUUGCUGUAUAAGAAGUAUUGUAGUAUUGUCCUACAUUAGUAGGACUGGGAAUAGUUUGGAGUGACUGUAGUGACGUUUGGAGUGACUAUAUUAUUUGAGUGACUGCCAUACUGCUUUAUGAUGAUGCCUUGCGCUCUGGGCUGGAGCAGUAUCUAGCAUGUGUAGCUCUAUGGCUGGCUGUCUGGCUGGGCUGAAUCAGUCUAGCAUGUGUAGCUCUAUGGCUGGCUGUCUGGCUGGGCUGAAUCAGUCUAGCAUGUGCAGCUCUAUGGUUGUCUCUGCUAUGGUGGCGGGUGUUGGGUGGUGCUGCUUCCUCUGCCAAAGCCUUAGCCACGCUAUUAAUACAUGCUACUGAAUCACGGGUGUAACACAAUCUGCCUGGGGAGGGGGCUGGAUUGGGGAUAGCUCUGGUCCAGUGCGUUGAGGAAGGCUCAGCAUCAGCAAGCCGCACGUAACGCCUUGGACAAGAGCUAGGCUGGGGAAGAGUGGAAUCAAGUAAAUGCAAAUUAGAUUCUGCGAUUGUUUGCACUUUUCUCUUUAUUCUUCCAAUUAGUUUUUUAGGUGUUCACUAACCUAUUAGAUAGAAAUAUACUGUUGCUACCACACACACACACACUACUGUUGAAGUUGGUGCCUAUGUGCCUGGUGUAAUGUAUGUUGACAUUAGGUUGUUUUGUCUGUCUGUGGGUUUUCUACUGUGGGCUUUGACUCUCGUGUCUGGCCAGUCAAGCCUCUACUGAACUACCAGGUUUUAAAGCCUUCUACGUUAUUGAAAGGGACAAAUACAGAUUGUGUAUGCUCAUGUAUUUGAAGUGUCAUUCAGACAUGAUUCAGUAUAUCACCAUGCCCACCUCCACUCAAUUCUCUUGCUCCUUCCAUCUGGCCAUGUAUUCUCUUCUCCUCCCUCAGUGGUUUUCACAUCUCCCUCCCUCCCUCCCUACCUUUCCUCUUAAACAAAAUAUUUUUUUGUUUAGUUUUGUGGCUUCUUUCUGUUUGCAUGAUGUGGAUCAUACUGGAUCUGACCUCUGACUGUUUUGUGAUGCACUUUGUCAUUUGACUUCUGCUCUGUCCUGUUCUUUUGGUUGAGUUUUAAUGCCUUCAUGCUUCCUCACUGUUCUCCUCCACCACCGUGAUCUCAGUCUGAGUGUUGUAGCUAGUAGCCCAGUAUUAAUCUUUUCUAGAAUAGUUUCGUCAUUGUAUUGUUUGUUGGACUUGUCUCAAAGCUUCCAUUCGCAACCAGUGUGAACUGUAGGCUUUUUGUUGCCCACUAAAAUGCUAGUGCUAGUAGCAUCUAGAUAGUGCUGUGUUAGUGGUAAUGUAGUGUAACCGACAUCCUAGCUCGGACACUAACCCUGGCAUGUUGUCAUUCUGCAGGGUACUUCAGGACCAGACCCAACUACUGUGUAUGUGGACAUGAGGGCACUGAGGCACGACAGGUAAGGGCAUGCUCCUAUCAGAACAUCCUUUUGAUCAUUUGUUGAAUAAGUCCAUGUUUAACUGUGUUAUCAUCAAUUAUUUUAAAACAGCUAUAGUAAAUCAAGUUGGUGGUGAAUUUGUUAUAGUAUAUCAUCUGUCAGUGGCCUACAUAUGAUAAAUAUAAGCUAUUCAGAAUCAGAAGGAUGCCAACAAAAUGUUGCUCACAAACCAGAACAAUAUCUUAGAUCAUGCUGACAUGACAUUGAAGACCCAUUACCUCUGCAAUGGCCAUUUACAGUGGAAUAGUUUCACUGCAUUGUGUGCAUAAAAGUUGGAGCCAGACACAUUCCUUGUGACACGUGUGUCCCAACGGCUGACUUUAAGAUUAGAAAGAGGGCUCGGGGUUAGAACAGUGGGUCUGGGUAGGGUAUCACCCUAGAACAUCCCACACCCAAUCAACAGAUCAAUAGGCCCCAGCCUGCAGCGGAUAGGGAUUGAACACUUAAUAAUAAUAAUAUAUAUAUUUUUUUACAUUUAUCCUACAGUAAACAAAUGAAAAUGCUUUUGUUUUAUUUGAAAUACAUUUGUUUUCGCAUUCUAAUGUUACCUAAGACCAAAUUAUUUUUGCGAUAGCAUAAAUGAAAUGUAUUAAUUCCACUGCUAGAAUAUUGCAGUCAGAAUGACUGCUCAUUAGCUUAAACGGGGGUCCCUCGAGGCCCAGCGGUUAUAGUGUUUAAAAAACGUGUGCGCGUGCACACAUAAGAGGGCCCAUUAAAAAAACGUGCCCCCUUAUAGAAAUCAAAUGCCCGUCCAACUGAUUUUGUUCUGGCACCAGCCCUGGCAGGGACACAUAACAACAUGCUGCACACUGGGCCCCACAGCUCACACGGUGUGAUUCUAGACAGUCAAUUUAGUCUCCACCACUGUCCUCCCUGGGAUGUAGCUAUUUAGUCUCCACCACUGUCCUCCCUGGGAUGUAGCUAUUUAGUCUCCACCACUGUCCUCCCUGGGAUGUAGCUAUUUAGUCUCCACCACUGUCCUCCCUGGGAUGUAGCUAUUUAGUCUCCACCACUGUCCUCCCUGGGAUGUAGCUAUUGUGUUUGUGUUGAAAGUUCAGUAUACUGUCAUUUGUAGUAUAAAGCUGCUGCAUUGAUGAAACGUGAAAUAAAAGGUUUCAGAAUGUGAUCUAUUGAGGAGUGCUCAAUAAGGAGAGCAAGCCAGUUGACGUGCUUACUCACAGUGCGUGUCUCAAAUGGCUCCCUAUUACCAUAGGGUUCUAGUCAAAAGUAGGGCACUAUAUAGGGAAUAGGGUGCCAUUUGGGACGGUACCACAGUAUUGACUCAGCAGCCCAGUAACUCUUCACUUCCUCCCUCACAGGGUUCGUCUGGUAGAGAGAGGGUCUCCACACAGCUUACCACUCAUGGAAUCUGGAAAGGUGAGUCCCUGCCUGACUUGGUGAAUGAAUAAACAAAUGGUAGUCAUUUACAUAGACAUACUGUACACUGAAGUAUUUUUAAUCACUGAGACUAAACUGUAGUGUAAACUGUUUGUUAGUGCUGUGCUGUGCUUUAUUAGUCUAGUCGUGUAGUUAGUUUCCACAGCAACCCGUCCCUAUAAUUGAGGAAGUGUAGGUGAGAGUUAAGUGAACUCCGGGCCAGACAGCGCUCUGCUCUGCUGUGCUCUGUUCUGUGUUUCACAGGGACCAGACAGGAGAUCAAGAUCAGUCUGUCACUCAAUAAUAAGGCUUUUAUUUCUUGCAACAUUGUUACACAGUCUGUGGUUGCGUCCCAAAUGGCGCUAUAUAGAAUUAGGGUACCAUUUGGGCCACAUACUAGGAGAGAGAGAGUGGGCCACUUCAGUCCACUCUACUCAGGGCUCGGCGGUAAAUCAAUUAUAUAAAGGGCCUCGCUGAAGGGGGAGAGAGAGAGGAGUGGAAAGGAGAGAGGAGUGGAGAGAUGAAUGCACUAAUCGUCUCAUCCUUAAUGCCAUCAGAUUCUACCUGGGGUUCGAAUUAUCAUCGCCAACCCGGAGACCAAGGGACCGCUGGGAGACUCGCAUCUUGGAGAGGUCGGUUCAGACAUAAUCACUCUCGCAUUAGAAUCCAUACAAACUACAAUACAUUAGGCUACAAAACAGUCUAUCUCUGUACUUUAAGUGUCAUACCUCAUUGGAUGUGUACUCUCUCAUUAGACUAAACUACAAUAGUCUCUCUGUGUACUUAAAAAGCCAGUCCACAUAACUUCCACACACGUUAAUAUCUUCGAUUUAUCCAGUCUAAUGCUAAGUUCAGUAAGUGUUGUGUAAUUGGUCUAAAAGUACACAGUUGUCGCUGGAUUGGUCUGUGGACAGAUGCACUACAAUAGAAGUCCAGAGCAGAGUUGUGCUGAGUUGAUUUGGGUAAAAAUAAUCCAACUAGACGUGCAUUGGAUCCCCAGAGGAUAGCAUGUGAAAGCAUUAAAACACUUGUUUCAAAAGUGGUCCUCAAUGGAAAAGCAAAUAACUUCUAAUUGCUGUCCUGUCCACAGAUCUGGGUGUGCAGUGGACACAAUGCCAGCGGCUACUUCACGGUGUAUGGAGAUGAGGCACUGCAGUCUGAUCACUUUAAUUCCCGUCUGAGCUUUGGAGACACACAGACAAUCUGGACCCGCACCGGCUACUUGGGCUUCCUCAGGAGGACCGAACUGACCGACGCCAGCGGGGGUACGUUAACUGUUCCCUUCACUACCAAAUGUACUUAUUACUGCAUACUUUCACUGUUUUACUGGCGAGGUCAACAUACAUUGUCAGAAGUUUUUGAAACUGUGUGUGUGUUUGUGAGCGCAGAGCGACACGAUGCCCUGUACGUGGUGGGGGCGCUGGAUGAGGCUAUGGAGCUGAGGGGAAUGAGGUACCACCCCAUCGACAUUGAGACCUCCGUCAUCAGGACACACAAGAGCAUCACAGAAUGGUGAGAACUGUAACUCAUUUCAUAAGGCUACAUACAGUGCAUUCGGAAAGUAUUCAGACCCCUUCACUUUUUUUCACAUUUUCACAACCUUAUUCUAAAAUUGAUUAAAUAAAUAAAAAAUCCUCAUCUGUCUACAGUCGUGGUCAAAAGUUUUGAGAAUGACACAAAUAUUAAUUUUCUCUAAGUCUGCUGCCUCAGUUUUUAUGAUGGCAAUUUGCAUAUACUCCAGAAUGUUAUGAAGAGUGAUCAGAUGAAUUGCAAUUAAUUGCAAAGUCCCUCUUUGCCAUGAAAAUGAACAUAAUCCCAAAAAAACAUUUACACUCAUUUCACCCCUGCCACAAAAGGACCAGCUGACAUCAUGUCAGUGAUUCUCUCGUUAACACAGGUGAGAGUGUUGACGAGGACAAGGCUGGAGAUCACUCUGUCAUGCUGAUUGAGUUAGAAUAACAGACUGGAAGCUUUAAAAGGAGGGUGGUGCUUGAAAUCAUUGUUCUUCCUCUGUUAACCAUGGUUACCUGCAAGGAAAUACGUGCCGUCAUCAUUGCUUUGCACAAAAAAGGGCUUCACAGGCAAGGAUAUUGCUGCUAGUAAGAUUGCACCUAAAUCAACCAUUUAUCGGAUAAUCAAGAACUUCAAGGAGAGAGAUUAAAUUGUUGUGAAGAUGGCUUCAGGGCGCCCAAGAAAGUCCAGCAAGCGCCAGGACCGUCUCCUAAGGUUGAUUCAGCUGAUUCAGCUCAGGAAUGGCAGCAGGCAGGUGUGAGUGCAUCUGCACACACAGUGAGGCGAAUACUUUUUGGAGGAUGGCCUGGUGUCAAGAAGGGCAGCGAGGAAGCCACUUCUCUCCAGGAAAAACAUCAGGGACAGACUGAUAUUCUGCAAAAGGUACAGGGAUUGGACUGCUGAGGACUGGAGUAAAGUCAUUUUCUCUGAUGAAUCCCCUUUCCGAUUGUUUGGGGCAUCCGGAAAAAAGCUUGUCCAGAGAAGACAAGGUGAGCACUACCAUCAGUCCUGUGUCAUGCCAACAGUAAAGCAUCCUGAGACCAUUCAUGUGUGGGGUUGCUUCUCAGCCAAGGGAGUGGGCUCACUCACAAUUUUGCCUAAGAACACAGUCAUGAAUAAAGAAUGGUACGAACACAUCCUCCGAGAGCAACUUCUCCCAACCAUCCAAGAACAGUUUGGUGACGAACAAUACCUUUUCCAGCAUGAUGGAGCACCUUGCCAUAAGGCAAAAGUGAUAACUAAGUGACUCGGGGAACAAAACAUCGAAAUUUUGGGUGCAUGGCCAGGAAACUCCCCAGACCUUAAUCCCAUUGAGAACUUGUGGUCGAUCAUCAAGAGGCGGGUGGACAAACAAAAACCCACAAAUUCUGACAAACUCUAAGCAUUGAUUAUGCAAGAAUGGGCUGCCAUCAGUCAGGGUGUGGCCCAGAAGUUAAUUGACAGCAUGCCAGGGCGGAUUGCAGAGGUCUUGAAAAAGAAGGGUCAACACUGCAAAUAUUGACUCUUUGCAUAAACAUAAUGUAAUUGUCAAUAAAAGCCUUUGCUUGUAAUUAUACAUCAGUAUACCAUAGUAACAUCUGACAAAAAUAUCUAAAAACAUUGAAGCCGCAAACUUUGUGAAGACCAAUACUUGUGUCAUUCUCAAAACUUUUGACCACGACUGUACACACAAUACCCCAUAAUGACAAAGUGAAAACAGAUACCUUAUUUACAUAAGUGUUCAGACCCUUUGCUAUGACACUCGAAAUUGAGAUCAGGUGCAUCCUGUUUCCAUUGAUCAUCCUUGAGAUGUUUCUACAACUUGAUUGGAGUCCACUUGUGGUAAAUUCAAUUGAUUUGACAUGAUUUGGAAAGGCACACACCUGUCUAUAUAAGGUCCCACAGGUGACAGUGCAUGCCUUUAUGGUAGAGUGGCCAGACGGAAGCCACAACAGAACAACAACCCUAAGCACAUAGCCAAGACAACGCAAGAGUGGCUUCGGGACAGGUCUCUGAAUGUCCUUGAGUGGCCCAGCCAGAGCCCGGACUUGAACCCAAUCCAAUAUCUCUGGAGAGACCUGAAAAUAGCUGUGCAGCAAUGAUCCCCAUCCAACCUGACAAUGCUUGAGAGGAUCUGCAGAGAAGAAUGGGAGAAACUCCCCAAGUACAGGUGUGCCAAGCUUGUAGCGUCAUACCGAAGAAGACUCAAGGCUGAAAUCGCUGUUAAAGGUACUUUAACAAAGUACUGAGUUAAAGGGUCUGAAUACUUAUGUAAAUGUGAUAUUUCCGUUCUGUCCCCUGUAGCUCAGUUGGUAGAGCAUGGCGCUUGCAACGCCAGGGUUGUGGGUUCGUUUCCCACGGGGGGCCAGUAUGAAAAUGUAUGCAGUCACUAACUGUAAGUCGCUCUGGAUAAGAGCGUCUACUAAAAUGACUAAAAUGUAAAAUAAAAUAAAUAUAUAUAUAUGUCUAAAAACCCUGUUUUUGCUUUGUCAUUAUGGGGUAUUGUGUGUAGAUUGAUGAGGGGGGGGGGGGGGAAACGAUUUAAUCCAUUUUAGAAUAAGGUUGUAACGUAACAAAAUGUGGAAAAAGUCAAGGGGUCUGAAUACUUUCUGAAUGCACUUUAAAUAACAUUCUGCCUGUGUCCCGUGUUUCUGCACCAUGAAAAAUAGCUUGAGGAUUUCUAGUUCUGGUGGGUGGAUGGCGUAGCUCACCACUAUGGGCAUUCUAUCAAAAGAAAUGUCCUUUCUGUUCAAAUAUCAUGCUGAUUUUGUCCAAUUUCAAAUUGUUAAUGUUGACCAAUUGAAAUGCCCUAGAUAAACUAAGUAUUGUACUGAAUGUGUUUGUUGAAAUGCCAGAGUGAGUAGCUAGCUAAGUACUUACAACAUGCAAAGUACUUACUCUUACUGUAUGUUGUUGUUUCAGUGUGGUGUUGACUAAGUACUUUGUUUCAGUGUGGUGUUGACUAAGUACUUUGUUGUUUCAGUGUGGUGUUGACUAAGUACUGUAUAUUGUUGUUUCAGUGUGGCAUACUAAGUACUUUAUGUUGUUUCAGUGUGGUGUUGACUAAGUACUGUAUGUUGUUGUUUCAUUGUGGUGUUGACUAAGUACUGUAUGUUGUUUCAGUGCCUUCUUGACUAAGUACUUUGUUGUUUCAGUGCGGUGUUCACAUGGACCAACCUCCUGGUGGUGGUGGUGGAGUUGGAUGGUUCGGAGCAGGAGGCCCUGGACCUUGUUCCCCUGGUGACCAACGUGGUUCUUGAGGAACACUACCUGAUCGUGGGGGUGGUGGUGGUGGUGGACAUUGGGGUCAUCCCCAUCAACUCUCGGGGAGAGAAGCAGAGAAUGCACCUCCGUGACGGCUUCCUGGCCGACCAGCUGGACCCCAUAUACGUGGCCUAUAACAUGUAG